AUGUCGGGCGAAUCAAUAAAUACAUAUUUAGCAGAAUUAAAAAAGCUAUCUCUAUAUUGUAAUUAUGGAGAAAAUCUAACAGAACAAAUAAGAGACAAGUUUAUCUCGGGUCUAAGUAAUGAGAAGGUUAAACAAAAACUACUUAAUGAGAGUGAAGUUACAUUAGAAAAAGCCUACAACAUAACAGUGCAGUUAGAGAACACCGAUCGAGAUUUAGAGGUGAUGACUUCCAAGUAUAAGCAGGAAUUACAAAAGAAAUAUGCAGGGGGUAGCAGAGUAAGAGAGUUAGAAAUAGGGAAAAGUGUAUUAGCUAGAGAUUAUAGAAGUAAUAGUAAUAAGUGGAUGGAAGGAAUAAUUUUGGAUAAUCAAAUAAACAGUAAUUUAGAUGAUGAUGCUUUUGAUACCGAGUUAGUGUUUAAAGAUAAAGAAUAUCCAAGUGUAUGUAAUGAGACAAGUUCAAGUGUAAUUAUAAAGUCACCUAAUACUGUGUGUAGUAAUUCUGUUGUACGGAAAAGUGAGAUUUUGCCUUCUGUUGAGAAAAAUGUGUCAAAUGGGUCUCAGUUAAAGGAAAUAGUUAGUUCUCCACAAAAGACAGAAUCUUCACCACUUAUUUUAAAGAGAUCUGUUAGAAUUAGAAAGAAACCAGACAGACUUAAUUUA